GCUUGCUCUCUCUCCUCUACAAAUAGAAGAACGUCAAAUCUACCUUGUCUGCAAAGAGCUUCGUCUUAACCGAAGUCAUAUGAUCUCUUUUAUUUAUAAAUUGCUCUGCGCAAACAAAUCCUCAUCAACUAUAACCAUGACUAAUUUGGGCGGAGUAUCAGAGCAAAAACUUAAUUUAUUUUGUGAUUGAUUUCAAUCAAUAAAAAGAAAAACAAAAUCCUAUAUUUGCAGGGUCAGAUCAAUAUAUAUUGCUCAAUCAUGGCAGACGGCCAUCAAUUUAACAAUAUUUUACUCGGAGGUAGAGGUGGCAUGAAUCCAGGUCAGCUGAGGAUUCAUUCAGGAGGCAUAAUAUGGAGAAAGCAGGGUGGAGGGAAGGUGGUGGAAGUGGGGAAACCCGACAUUGUAAGCUUGAGUUGGACCAGGAUUCCCAAGGGUUACCAAUUGGCUGUCAAAUCGAAAGCUGGAUUGAAUGUCAAGUUUAAUGGCUUUCGUGAACAGGAUGUUAGUAAUUUGACAAGCUACAUGACAAAUACCAUGGGGGUAACUCCAGAAGAGAAACAUCUUUCUAUAAGUGGACGCAAUUGGGGGGAAGUUAACUUGGAAGGAAACAUGCUUACAUUUUUGGUUGGUUCAAGACAAGCUUUUGAGUUGUCCUUGGCAGAUGUAUCACAAACACAACUUCAAGGGAAGAAUGAGGUCGUCUUGGAAUUCCAUGUGGAUGAUACAACAGGAGCCAAUGAGAAAGACACUCUGAUGGAAUUAAGUUUUCAUAUACCAAAUACUAAUACAACAUUUGCUGGGGAUGAUACCACCCCUCCAGCACAGGUUUUCCGAGAGAAAAUCAUGUCAAUGGCAGAUGUAGGACCAUCAGGUGCAGAAGCUGUUGCACUGUUUGAGGAUAUUGCUAUCCUCACUCCUAGAGGUCGUUACACUGUUGAGCUCCAUAUUUCUUUCUUGCGUCUCCAAGGGCAAGCCAAUGAUUUUAAAAUUCAGUUCAGCAGUGUUAUCCGCCUUUUUAUGCUUCCAAAGUCACCGCAUACGCUUGUGGUUAUCACUCUUGAUCCACCAAUUCGCAAGGGUCAGACAUUUUAUCCACAUAUUGUCUUGCAGUUCGCAAUGGAAGAAAUAGCUGAGUGUGCACUUUCAAUGAAUGAAGAGCUGUUAAAUACCAAGUACAAGGACAAGCUUGAGCCUUCAUAUAAGGGGUUAUCUCAUGAAGUGUUCACACAAAUUUUGCGUGGUCUUUCUGGUGCAAAAGUUACUCGACCAGGGAAGUUUCGUAGCAGUCAAGAUGGAUAUGCGGUUAGAGCAUCCCUCAAGGCUGAAGAUGGGAUUUUAUAUCCUCUUGAAAAGAGUUUUUUCUUCUUGCCAAAACCACCAACACUUGUUCUUCACGACGAGAUUGAAUAUCUGGAAUUUGAGAGACAUGGUGCUGCUGGUACUAGCAGUAUGUCUUCUCACUACUUUGAUCUUCAUAUAAGACUUAAGAGUGAACAGGAACACCAGUUUCGUAACAUUCAGCGGAAUGAAUAUCAUAAUCUUUUCAACUUCAUCAAUUCCAAGGGUUUGAAAAUUAUGAAUCUAGGAGAUGGGCAAGGUACUGGUGGAGUUGCAUCUGUUCUUGAGAAUUCUGAUGAUGAAGCUGUGGAUCCACAUCUUGAACGAAUAAAAAAUGCAAUCGAUGCUGGUGGUGGUGAAGAGAGUGAUGAAGAGGAUGAGGACUUUGUAGCAGAGAAGGAUGAUGCAGGAUCUCCAACAGAAGGUUCAGAGGAAGAAGAAUCAGAUGCUAGUGAAAGUGCAGAAAACAAAGAAAGGGUUGCAAAGAAAGAAGUGAAGAAAAAAGAGGCAACUGCUCCUAAAGUAACUGCAACAAAGAGGAAAAAGAAGGAUGAGGAAGAAGAUGGUGGAAAGAAGAGGAAGCAGAAAAAAAAGAAGGAUCCAAAUGCACCAAAGAGAGCUAUGUCUGGCUUUAUGUUCUUUUCCCAAAUUGAAAGAGAGAAUAUCAAAAAGAACAAUCCGGGAAUGCCAUUCACAGAGGUUGCAAAGGCGCUUGGAGAGAGAUGGAAAAAGAUGUCAGUGGAGGAGAAAGAGCCAUUUGAGUCAAAAGCCAGGGCUGAUCAGAAAAGAUACAAGAAUGCAAUGGCAGAUUACAAAAGUGGACCAACUAAUAAUAUAGAUUCUGGAAAUGAAUCUGACAGUGAGUAGUGCAGCUUUCUAACUAGCAGACAAUAUAACUGCAAUCUUAUUGCACAAAGUAUCAGGCAAGCACUUUUAUAAAAUCCUUUUCAGGUACUUGAAAUUGGUUUAGCUUUAGAACAAUCCAAUAUUUCUGCCCACUACCAUUUAUCUAUGUGGAAGUUGCAGAAGAGACACAUUGAGGUAACGGUGGAGUUGUGGAAAGCCCAUCUUUUCGUGUAUUCACAUGAGACGGAAACGUGUGUUGUGCGUGCUCAUACAUAUUUAUAAGUCAUGUAGGUAGACUUCGCUUGCAACUUUUACCUGGUGAUUUUGAGAGGCAUUAAACUUUAAGCUCCUUGGUUACCAUUUGCACUGGGAAAGUAAGGAAUAUGUUACACACCCAUACAAUUUUUUACAGUAAACACUAAACACGUUUAUUGAAUUUAGUCCUACAAUGGAUGUAUCGACAGUUAAUAUCUAUAACUUCUGAAGUAGAAUUUUUUGACAGCAAAUGGGAUUUGAUGACCGCGCAAUCAAAUACAAUAAUCCUAAUAAAGUGAAAUGGCAUUCAGCUUUGGAGCAAAUUACAUCUGGCAUGAGGAUAAGAUACUUAUAUGGAAUGGCCUUGUUUAAUAGCAAAGACUUAAUGAGAAGGGACAUGAAUUGAUUUUUUUUGUACACAGUUGUUACCUCGUAACAUGAUAUGAAUACAUUUUAACGUAGAUUUGCCAUCUGAAUUGGAGCUCA